CUUACUCUCCAUUCUCCCUCUUCGUUCUCAACUUCGAAACCCAGCCGCGGUUCUAAACCUCUCGGAUCUCUCUUCAUCAGCCGACACAACAUCAAACUCAGCAUGGCCGGCAAGGGUGAGGGUCCAGCCAUCGGAAUCGAUCUUGGAACCACGUACUCCUGCGUUGGUGUCUGGCAGCAUGAUCGCGUCGAGAUCAUUGCCAACGACCAAGGUAACAGAACGACACCGUCUUAUGUCGGGUUCACCGACACCGAGCGUCUCAUCGGUGAUGCCGCCAAGAACCAGGUCGCCAUGAACCCUAUUAACACCGUUUUUGAUGCCAAGAGAUUGAUUGGUCGUAGGUUCACCGAUGCCUCUGUUCAGAGUGAUAUUAAAUUGUGGCCUUUUAAGGUGUUUUCUGGACCCGGUGAUAAGCCAAUGAUUCAGGUUAACUACAAGGGUGAAGAUAAGCAGUUUUCCGCUGAAGAAAUCUCUUCUAUGGUACUUAUGAAAAUGCGUGAGAUUGCUGAAGCUUAUCUUGGCACUACGAUAAAAAAUGCUGUUGUUACUGUCCCUGCUUACUUUAACGAUUCUCAGCGUCAAGCUACCAAGGAUGCUGGUGUUAUUGCUGGUCUUAAUGUCAUGCGUAUUAUCAAUGAGCCUACUGCUGCGGCUAUUGCUUAUGGUCUUGACAAGAAGGCUACCAGCGUCGGUGAGAAGAAUGUGUUGAUUUUUGAUCUAGGGGGUGGUACCUUUGAUGUCUCUUUGCUAACCAUUGAAGAGGGUAUCUUUGAGGUGAAAGCCACAGCUGGGGACACUCAUCUCGGAGGUGAGGAUUUUGAUAACAGGAUGGUGAAUCAUUUUGUUCAGGAGUUCAAGAGAAAAAACAAGAAGGAUAUCAGUGGCAACCCCAGAGCACUUAGGAGGUUGAGGACUGCUUGUGAGAGGGCAAAAAGAACUCUGUCCUCCACUGCCCAAACCACCAUUGAAAUUGAUUCUCUGUAUGAAGGAAUUGAUUUCUAUUCCACCAUUACCCGUGCAAGGUUUGAAGAGCUUAAUAUGGAUCUCUUCCGGAAGUGCAUGGAACCAGUUGAGAAGUGUUUAAGAGAUGCUAAGAUGGACAAGAGGACUGUCCAUGAUGUUGUUCUUGUUGGUGGUUCUACCAGAAUUCCCAAGGUUCAACAACUUCUGCAGGAUUUCUUUAACGGGAAGGAGCUCUGCAAGAGCAUCAAUCCUGAUGAGGCUGUGGCAUAUGGUGCUGCUGUACAAGCUGCUAUCUUGAGUGGUGAGGGUAACGAGAAGGUGCAAGAUCUUCUCCUGCUUGAUGUCACCCCACUCUCUCUCGGGUUGGAAACUGCUGGUGGGGUUAUGACUGUCUUGAUCCCCAGGAACACUACAAUCCCAACAAAGAAAGAACAGGUUUUCUCAACCUAUUCUGAUAACCAGCCAGGUGUUUUGAUCCAGGUUUAUGAAGGUGAGAGAACAAGGACCAGAGAUAACAAUUUGCUGGGUAAAUUUGAACUUUCGGGCAUUCCUCCUGCACCCAGGGGUGUUCCUCAAAUCACAGUGUGCUUCGACAUUGAUGCCAAUGGUAUCUUGAAUGUCUCUGCCGAAGACAAAACUACUGGCCAAAAGAACAAGAUCACCAUUACCAACGAUAAGGGUAGGUUGUCAAAGGAUGAAAUUGAGAAGAUGGUGCAAGAGGCUGAGAAGUACAAGUCUGAAGAUGAAGAGCAUAAGAAGAAGGUAGAAGCAAAGAAUGCAUUGGAGAACUACGCAUACAACAUGAGGAAUACUGUGAAGGAUGAGAAGAUUGGAGGAAAGCUUGACCCAGCUGACAAGAAGAAGAUCGAGGAUGCUGUUGAGCAGACUAUCCAGUGGCUGGACAGCAACCAACUUGGAGAGGCAGAUGAGUUUGAGGACAAAAUGAAGGAAUUGGAAAGCAUCUGCAAUCCUAUCAUUGCCAAGAUGUACCAGGGAGGUGCUGGUCCAGACAUGGGAGGUGGAAUGGACGAUGAUGUGCCUGCUGGUGGAAGUGGUGCUGGUCCAAAGAUUGAGGAAGUAGAUUAAAUUUAGUUAAUGCCUCUGCUUGAUUUGAAGUAUUUUGUUUUUGGAUAAUCGUUUCACUUUUAUUUGUUGAGACAUACAAGCUUUUAAGCUUGUGUUGUGUUAUGGUUGUUCAGUAUUUAUUUAUCAUGUUUUGUUGUGAGUUUAUAAUACGGAUCACGGUUUCUCUGUUCUGGUUCA